AGGACUGCAAGCCUAGCCUAGCUCUUCGCAGCGCCUCGCCUCGCCUCGCUGCGCUUGGGGCGGGACCGGCGGCCCGACGCUCCCUCUGGGCAGACGCGGCAGCGGAGGCGGCGGAGGCGGCGUUCGCGGUGAAGGAGGUCCCCAAGGUCCGGCGCUCGAAGCCGGAGCAGAGCCAGGGUAGGGCCAGGGCCCGAGGAGGCCGACGGGCGGCGGCGGCGACAGCGACAGGGACAGCAUGGUGUGAGGGCUCCUCCAGCCCCGAUCCGAGGCGAAGCUAGCUGGGAGCCCCCUCUGCCGCGAGCCGCGGGAGGCCGGCAUGGACGGCCGCCGUCGCUGCUGCCGCUGAGGGCUGCCCAGCGGGCAGGCAGGCAGGCAGUCUCCCGGCGCCGCCCGGCGCAGCGCAGCUAGGUCCUCCCCUUGUCCGCCCCCGCAGCCCGCACCCCACACCCCUCCGCACUCAGCCGCCGCGGCUCCGGACCAUGGCGGGGGCCAUGGAAGAGGAGGAGUACACCAAGCUGGUGAUGGAGUCGCAGCCCGAGUGGCUGCGGGCUGAGGUCAAGCGGCUCUUCCAUGAGCUGGGCGAGACCACCCGCGAGAAGAUCCAGGCGGCCGAGUACGGGCUCGUGGUGCUGGAGGAGAAGCAGCAGCUGAAGCUGCAGUACGAGGAGCUGGAGCUGGAGUAUGAGACCAUCCGCAGCGAGAUGGAGCAGCUGAAGGAGGCCUUUGGGCAGGCUCACACCAACCACAAGAAGGUGGCUGCGGACGGUGAGAGCCGUGAAGAGACCCUCAUCCAGGAGUCGGCCACCAAGGAGGAGUACUACGUGCGCAAGGUCCUAGAGCUGCAGACGGAGCUGAAGCAGCUGCGCAACGUCCUGACCAACACACAGUCAGAGAACGAGAGGCUGAAUUCUGUGGCCCAGGAGCUGAAGGAGAUCAACCAGAAUGUGGAGAUCCAGAGGGCACGCUUGCGAGAUGACAUCAAGGAGUACAAGUUCCGAGAAGCCCGCCUGCUGCAGGACUACACAGAACUCGAGGAGGAAAACAUCUGCCUCCAGAAACAAGUGUCCAUCCUGAAGCAAAACCAAGUGGAGUUUGAAGGCCUCAAACAUGAAAUCAAACGGCUGGAAGAGGAGACGGAGUACCUCAACAGCCAGCUGGAGGACGCAAUCCGCCUCAAGGAGAUCGCCGAGCGCCAGCUGGAGGAGUCGCUGGAGACCCUGAAGACAGAGCGCGAGCAGAAGAACAGCCUUCGCAAGGAGCUGUCCCACUACAUGAACAUCAACGACUCCAUGUACACCAGCCACCUGAGCUUCUCUCUGGACGGCCUCAAGUUCAGCGACGAGGCGGCCGAGCCCAACAACGACGAGGUCCUGGUCAACGGCUUUGAGCAGAACGGCCUGCACAAGGCGCGGCCUGACAGCAACAAGACGUCCACGCCCAAGAAGGAGGAGGGCCUCCUGCCGGCGCCCAGCCUGGUGUCUGACCUGCUCAGCGAGCUCAACAUCUCGGAGAUCCAGAAGCUGAAGCAGCAGCUGGUGCAGAUGGAGCGAGAAAAGAUGACCCUGCUUUCGACGCUGCAGGAGUCCCAGAAACAGCUCGAGUCCACACGGGGAGCCCUGUCUGAGCAGCACGAGAAGGUCAGCCGUCUGACUGAGAACCUCACGGCCAUGAAGAAGCUCCGGGUCAGCAAGGAGCGCCAGUCGGCGCUGGACAACGAAAAGGAGCGCGACAGCCACGAGGAUGGCGACUACUACGAGGUGGACAUCAACGGCCCCGAGAUCCUGGAGUGCAAGUACAAGGUGGCCGUGGCGGAGAUGGGUGACCUGCGGGAGGAGCUGAAGGUGCUGAAGGGCCGCUACGAGGAGUGUGCGUCUCGGUACGAGGAGGAAAAGGGCCGCUAUGAGACGGAGGGCCAGGCCCUGACGGAGAAGAUCGCACUGCUGGAGAAGGCCGGCCGUCUGGACCGAGAGCACCUGGCCCGGCUGGAGAAGGAGCUGAAGAAGGUGAGCGACGUGGCCGGAGAGACACAGGGCAGCCUGAGCGUGGCCCAGGACGAGCUGGUGACCUUCAGCGAGGAGCUGGCCAACCUUUACCACCACGUGUGCAUGUGUAACAACGAGACCCCCAACAGAGUGAUGCUGGAUUACUACAAGGAGGGCAGGGGUGGCGGGCGUGGCAGCCCCGAAGGCAGGGGCAGGCGCUCACCCGUCCUGCUCUCCAAGGGGCUCCUGGCCAUCGACCUGGGCAAGGCAGACAACGCGAGCGGCGACGGCUCACCCUCCCCCAGCUCCUCCCUGCCCUCCCCCGUGGCAGACCCCCGCAAGGAGCCCAUGAACAUCUACAACCUGAUUGCCAUCAUCCGGGACCAGAUCAAGCACCUGCAGGCGGCCGUGGACCGCACCGUGGAGCUGUCCCGCCAGCGCGUGGCCGCGCAGGAGCUGGGGCCCGUCGUGGACAAGGACAAGGAAGCCCUGAUGGAGGAGAUCCUGAAGCUGAAGUCUCUGCUGAGCACCAAGCGGGAGCAGAUCGCCACCCUGAGGACUGUGCUAAAGGCCAACAAGCAGACAGCUGAAGUGGCCCUGGCCAACCUGAAGAGCAAAUACGAGAAUGAGAAGGCCAUGGUGACAGAGACCAUGAUGAAACUCCGGAAUGAGCUGAAAGCCCUCAAGGAGGAUGCCGCAACCUUCUCUUCACUGCGGGCCAUGUUUGCCACCAGAUGUGACGAGUACGUCACCCAGCUGGACGAGAUGCAGCGUCAGCUCGCGGCCGCGGAGGACGAGAAGAAAACCCUGAACUCCCUGCUGCGCAUGGCCAUCCAGCAGAAGCUGGCCCUGACGCAGCGGCUGGAGCACCUGGAGCUCGACCAUGAGCAGGCAAAGAGGGGGCGCACCAAGUCGGCCUCCAAAGGCAAGAGCAGCACCCCAAGUCUGUAGAGUAGUAUCCGGAGACGGAAUUGGCCUUCAGUGCCCUCGGUCAAAUUGCAAGUUUCUUAAGCUGCUCGUGCUUGGCGGCUAAACCAGCCCAGGGAGCUCUGGUUGCCCAAAGGAACGGACGAAAUCCCAAAUUUCCACUCUCUCUUUUUUCUUUUUCUCAUGAAUAUACUACCUGCACUCAUUUUCAAAAUUGCAUAUCCUGGGCUGGAAAGAGAAAACCCAUACACCUCAUGGGCUGAUAUUGCUGCAGGAAACAUUUUUUACAAGUGCUGAAGAAAUGCCUUCGAACGAACAAUGAGUCUACUAGAAACGUUCGGACGGGGUUGGGGGUGGGGGGGACUGUUGGGGGAAGCAGUUUUUGUUGUGACCUAUAUUCCUUUCUUAUCUGAUUGUUAAACCUGUGCACUUUUGAUAUUUUGAUAUUGUAUUAGCUUCCUUAAUUCCUCAUGUGGAAAAGAUCUAGGAGAAGCAAUGGCUUGUGCUCACAGUAGGUCUCCAUCAUGCAUUUGUACUCGUUGAUUUCUCCAGAGGCAUGUUGCAGAACUUUGUACGCUUUUUUGGGUUGUUUUUGCUCUAGACUCUGUUUAGAUGAGAGCCCCAGCUCAGGUGGGGUGGCUCUGCUAAACUGUUACGUGCUGUGCUUCAGCAGCCUUUUUUAAUCAUGAAAUGUUAUGGUUUGUGUUUUAAAUGACUGAUUUUUAACUGCCAUGUUCAUUAAGAAAUCCAGGGUAUUCAAAUUCUGGGGUUUUUUCAUAUUGUAUUAUUAUUCUUAGGAAUAGUUCAAUGUAACAAGAAGAAAACUUGACUUUGCUCUGGUUAAAACAAAAUAAAAUUAAAGUGAUGGAAGCAGUAGUAUUACCUGCAAAUUCCAGAGAUUCUGGGUUGGAGGAAGUCGGGAAGCAUGACUGAUUAACAGAAUUUUCUACAACUGUACCAGUGAAAUUCCAAAUUGGAAUUAUUUCGUUACCUCUUUGUUUGUUGUGCCAAAUUGUGGUACAUUUAGAAAGAAAAGUUCUAAAGUCGUCAAUUAUAGGGUGUUCAAUUGCAA